UUGACCUAGCGGGUCCGUCUUCAUCCGCCUCAAGCGCUAGCAGUUCUGGACGACAAGGGAUGAAACGUAUGCGUCCUAAGGUCACACUUCACGAUUUUUUCAAAAGAUCUAAGACUGAGAAUAUCGAAAAGGACACUGAUGAUGUCGAAGAUGCAUCGGCGGUCGACACAAGCGUCCCGCCUACUGAUGUCACAGAAGCCGUUGACGAGAGACCGCCACGUGAAAUCAUUCUGUCCGUCGAGCCAUUCCACCCGAAACAAAUAAAACGUUCAGAAACGGACAAGGAAGGAAAAGCGAAAAAGAGAAAUUGUCAACUCCAGUAUUUUCACGACUUUCCGUGGCUACAUUACAUACCAGACAAGGACGUCGUCGUAUGCCAUGUGUGCACUAAAGCAGUAAAACUGAACUUAUUGGACGGUGUGAGACAGGAACCUGCCUUCACGACGAAAGGUUUCAAUACAUGGCGGAACGCCACCAAAAUGUUUCGCCUUCAUCAGAACUCGAAAUGUCACAAACAAGCCGUCGAGUGUGUGCGAGAGAUCCCGGCAAAGUGUCGCGACGUAAGCGAGCUGUUAGUUGAACAGACUGUGAAAGAGCGGGAAAACAACCGGCGAUAUCUGAGCAAGAUUAUCCAGAAUCUGCAGUUUUUAGCUCGUCAGGGGAUCGCAAUCCAAGGAGCGAAAGAGACGGAUUCGAAUUUCCAUCAAUGUUUGUUGCUCAGAGCGAAGGAUGAUCCUUCAAUCCUACAAUGGAUGAGUAAGAAAACCGACAAGUACACGUCACAUGACGUGCAAAAUGAAUUGCUGGAUAUCAUGUCACAACAAGUAAUAAGGGAUGUCGCUAAUCGCAUCAAAACGGAAUGCUAUUCUUUACUAGCCGACGAAUGCACGGACGUAGCGAAUAAGGAACAGCUGACGGUGUGCCUGCGUUGGAUCGACGAGAAUUUGAAUCCGAAUGAGGAUUUUAUCGGCUUCUAUCAUAUCCCAGACAUUUCGUCGGAUACGAUCGUUUCGGCUCUCAAAGACGCCCUCACCCGAUCGGAUAUACCAUUGAAAUCAUGUCGCGGGCAAUGUUACGACGGAGCGGGUAAUAUGUCCGGUGUGAAGAACGGCGCAGCGACGAAAAUCCAAGCUGAGGUCCCGCAGGCGCAUCUAACGCACUGCCACGGACACGCCCUCUCUCUCGCUGUACAUGACAUGUGUAAGCGGUCAGCUUCGAAAUUGCUGAGCGAGACGUUGGACACGACACGUGAGAUAUGCAAGCUGAUAAAAUUCUCACCGAAGCGACAAGGAGCACUUGAAAAGAUCAAGGGAGAAUUGGACUUGGAUGCCCCGGGAAUCAAGGUCUUAUGCCCGACCAGAUGGACGGUCCGCGGGGACAGUUUUCUGCGAAUCAUACAAAACUAUGUUGCGCUCGCAAACCUUUGGACUGAUUGCCUUUCUGCGAGGCUUGACAGCGAAACGAGGGCGAGAAUCAUAGGUGUCCAAUGUCAGAUGAAGGAGUUCGAUUAUUUUUUCGGACUCAAUUUGGGGAAUAUGCUCUUCUCCAUUACCGACAACCUGUCAAAAACGCUCCAGAAGACGAAGAUGUCCGCCGUUCAAGGCCAGCGGUUGGCAGAAUUGACCAUCACUACGCUGUCAAACAUGCGAUCCGAGCAAAACUUCAGUGACUUCUACGCUCUGGUGCUACAACGACGAAAUUCACUGGAAUGCGAAAUCUCCUAACCGAAAUUGCCUCGUAAAAGAGCGCCACCGAAGAAAUUAGAUGACGGAAGUGAGCCGUACCAUCCACCCGCCGCUGAGGACCGAUAUCGUACCAUGUACUUCAGCGCUUUGGACGACAUCGUGAUGGCCAUAACCGAACGAUUCGACCAAAAAGGAUUCAAGGUUUACCGGAUCGUGGAGGAAUUUCUUCUGAAAGCUGUUCGCGGAGUUGACUUCACAUCCGAAAUGGCCACCAUAGAAAGCGAGUACGGUACCACAGACGUAAAUGUUCGAAACCUCACUUCCCAAAUACCGAUCUUCCGACAACUUAUGC